AUGUUCAACAUCAAAAGCAGCGACAACAACGACUCCAUCAUGAGGAUACAAGCCUUUCCUACAAAACUGGAUGAAAUAUGUGCCAACAAUAUCUGGAACCUUCUAAUGAACGCCAUCCAGGACAUCCAGAGGAAGACCAACAGUGAGAUAAUAUUUUCAGAGCUGUACAGGAAUGCUUAUACCUUGGUCGUGCAACAUCAUGGGGAGAAGCUCUACACAGGCUUGAGGGGAGUCAUCACUGGCCAUCUCGUCCUCAAAGCAGAGAAAGAUGUUCUUAACUCUAUGAAAAAUAACUUUCUGCAAACGCUAUUUCAGGUCUGGAAUGACCAUCAAACUGCCAUGGUUAUGAUCAGAGACAUCCUCAUGUACAUGGAUCGAGUCUAUGUAAAACAGAACAACUUAGUAAACGUCUACAACCUCGGCCUCAUCAUAUUCAGGGACCAGGUUGUUCACCAUGGUUGCAUUCAAGCCCACCUACGACAUACUUUACUGGACAUGAUUGGACGUGAGAGGAAUGGAGAGGUUGUAGAUAGAUGGGCCAUCAGAAGUGCAUGCCAGAUGCUAAUGAUACUUAGCUUGGAUGGAAGGUCUGUAUAUGUGGAGGACUUUGAAAAUCCUUUCUUAGCCAUGUCAGCAGAAUUCUUCCAGAUUGAGAGCGAAAAGUAUCUCGCUGACAACAACGCCAGUAUCUACAUUAAGAGGGUUGAAGCCAGAAUCAAUGAAGAGAUAGAACGUGUGAUGCACUGUUUGGACAGGUCUACAAAGGAGCACAUUGUCAAAGUAGCGGAACGGGAUCUAAUUUCUAAACAUAUGAUCACCAUUGUAGAGAUGGAGAACUCGGGCCUCAUCCAUAUGCUUAAGUACGGGAAGACGGAAGACAUGGCUUGCAUGUACAAGCUGUUCAGUCGAGUAAAAGAUGGCUUAGAAAUAAUGUGCAACUGCAUAAGCUCUUACUUGAGGGAGCAAGGUAGUGCUCUGGUGCACGAAGAAGGACAGGGCAAGAACCCUGUUGACUAUAUCCAGGGCCUGAUAGACCUGAAGACACAGUUUGACCAUUUGCUCAAUAAGUCUUUCAACAAUGACAGACUCUUAAAAAAAAAGAUAGCCAACGACUUUGAGUACUUCAUCAACCUCAACUCUCGUUCUGCGGAGUACCUAUCGGUCUUCAUUGACGAGAAGCUGAAGGAUGCGGUCAAAGGGUUGACAGACCUAGAGGUGGAGUCAAUACUCGACAAUGCCAUGGUGUUGUUUAGGUUCUUGCAGGAUAAAGAUGUGUUCGAAGAGUAUUUCCGGAAGCAUCUGUCUCUCAGGUUGCUGAACAAGAGCAGAGAGGACAAUGAGAAGAACAUGGUCUCUAAGCUCAAGCUAGAAUGUGGUUAUCAAUUUACCACAAAACUGGAGGGAAUGUUAAGAGACAUGAGCAUUUCCAAAACAACCAUGGAUGAGUUCAGGCAGCACAUACAAACCACAUCAGUAAGUGGCGUGGAUCUCAGAGUGCGAGUCCUGACAACUGUCUAUUGGCCUAUACAAAGCGCAAAUCCCUGGUGCACCAUCCCAUCUGCUCCUCAACGUGCCUUUGAAGUCUUUAGGCAGUUUUAUAUUUCUAAGCAUAGCAGGAAACAGCUCUCGCUGCACUACCACCUGGGUGUGGCAGACCUAAAGGCUUCCUUCUAUGGAGUUGUUAGAAAGGAGCACAUAUUGCAAGUUUCCACCUUGCAGAUGAUCAUCCUCAUGCUCUUCAAUUACAGAGAAAGUUGCACUUAUGAGGAUGUCUUGCAGGAGACAAAUAUACCAGGGUGGGAGUUAGUGCCAGUGUUGAACUCUUUAAUGUGUGGGAAGUCCACACAGAGAGUUCUCAUCAAGGAGCCACGGUCCAAGGACAUAGAAAAUGACCACGUAUUCACCGUCAAUGAUCAUUUCUCCUCUAAACUUCACAAAGUAGAAAUACAUACAGUUGUUGCUAAACAAGGGGAAUCCGACCCUGAAAGGAAGGAGACGCGGCAGAAAGCUGUCGAUGACAGGAAGUAUGAAAUAGAGGCAGCCAUUGUCCGUAUCAUGAAGUCAAGAAGGGAGAGGCAGGAAAAUGCCCUGGUUACAGAGGUGACUCAGCAACUCCAGACACGUUUUCUUCCCAGCCCUAUAGUCAUCAAAAAGCACAUCGAAAGACUGAUAGAAAGAGAAUACUUGGCAAGAAAGCCAGAUGAUCCUAAAGUGUAUGUCUAUGUUUUAUAG